UGUAGCAUGGAAGCAGCUUGUGGCAAGCAGGCUGCCUGGCCUGAGGAUUGAAUUCGUCAUCCCACCACCAUCAUCAUAUCAUGUGCGAGAGCUCUCAAAAAACACCACCACUCUCUCCCUAUCAAGUAACAACAACCAUCAACUGUUGUGCGUUAGUGGCAGGCAUAGUGCUUAUCUGGUUUAUUCUUCUUCGAUAAGAAUAAAAAGGACAGAAGAGAAUGUCUGAUCCCUUCGCACACACACAUUUGAUGGCGGAAGGUACUUUUUUUUUUCUUGCAGGCUCAAAGAGCUGAGGCACGUGCAGGUAUAUAAGGGUGGUUUGAUCCCUUCUUUUCAUCAUUCUCAGUUCAGUUAUCGAACGAACAACACGGUUAAACAACCUUCUCAAAGUUAUAAAAUAUAUUCAAGUUCUUUUUUACGUAAAAAUAUCGUAACCAUGAAUACCGCCAACGCCAAAUACGAAAUGUCAAAAACAUACCAAUACCGUAAAGUGAUGAAACCAAUGUUGGAGCGUAAAAGACGUGCCAGGAUCAAUAAGUGUUUGGAUGAGCUGAAGGAUCUGAUUGCUGAAUGCAUGCAACAAAGUGGAGAUACAAAUGUCAAAUUGGAAAAGGCUGAUAUUUUGGAAUUGACAGUACAGCAUUUACGCAAAGUUAAGAAUUCUAAAACAACACCACAAGCAUCUGAAAAUAAAGAAAGCUUUCGAACUGGAUACAUUCAAGCUGCUAAUGAAGUUUCCCGCUGUUUGGCAAGCCUGCCACAAGUUGACAUCACUCUUGGAACAAAUCUGAUGACACAUUUAGGAGUGCGCCUCAAUCAAUUGGUCUCAAAACCAGCUCCUUCUCCAAAAAUAAACACACCAUUGAAUGUUUAUUGUGGUGAAGAGAAUUUAAAUCGUCAAUCACCUUUGAUACUUAGUCCAGUGUCUUCUGGUUAUGGAAGUGAUAGUGACCAUUCAAUGUCAUCAUCAAUGUCAUCAUCGUCUAUGUCAACUAAAUCAGAAUUGCUGCUUAAAAUUGCACAUCGGCCAGUGGUUAACAAUAUUAACACAGUUUGGAGACCAUGGUGAAUACACAACAAGACUUGAAAAAAAAAAAAAACAAGUGGUUGCCGCUGCCGGGA